AUGAUGCAAUAGUAAUUGGAAUCAGAUUUUAAAGAAUGUGAAAUGAAAUUUUAGACAAUUCACUUAGAAUCUCAGACACACAUUAUAUGUUAAAUGAGAAAUGAUCUUUUUCUCUUUAUGACAUUAGCUCAUUUAAAAAUACCAAAAGUUAAAGUUAUUCCUGAUGAUUACUUUUUUAGCGAAUGCAAUAAAUUUCAUUAUAGUUUAUCAAAACAUUUAUAUACAAAUGUAGCUGAAAAUUAUAUCAAUAAUUUUUCAUUGUUUUAUGGAUUAGAUUUAUCAUAAUUAGAUUAAUAUACAUGGAGAUGGAUUCAAUGUAAUGCAAGAACAAGUUCUUAUCUAAAUUUAUUUUAUUUUUAAACUCAAUCUUAUAAAUAUGCUUAUGAUGCAAACAAUCUAUUAUUACUUUAAUAUCUGUUAACAAUGUUAAGAUAAAUAGAACCUUUAAUAACAGAUUUUUUAGUAUUUUAAAAUGGAUAUUUUAUAUAUUCAACAAUACCUCAUAAAAUUGCAUUAUUAAUAAAGGAACAAUAUUAUGGUAAUGGAUUAUCUUGGUCAACCUCAGAAUAAAAAGUAGCCUAAAAAUUAUUUCUAUCAUAUGAAUAAUCAUAAUUGGCAUAUCUAAAUUUUAAUAAUCUUAAAUAUUUAACAAAAGAUACUAAUUUCAAUCCUUAAAUUAUUUACUUAAACUAAUAAAAGAAACAUUUCUUUACAUUUUUAGAAAAACAAAUGUUUGUUUUUAUAACAACUGAUAUAAUUGAAGAUUUUUCAAAUAUGACGAAAGUUAAUAUUGCUUUGUCUAAAAAUGUUGAAAAAAUAUCAAAUAAAUUAGAAAUGUCUAUUGAAAUUAAUUAAAAAUAAGAAAGUAUAAAAUAUAUAUAUUUUAAUGGAAUCAAUCUAGCCUCAAAAAUUUCAACAUUAUUGAAUAUUUAAAAAUUAUCAUCAGAAAAUUUUAGAAUUCUAUAAUAAGUCUACGAAAAUUUAAACAAAUCUAAUCAAUAUGUAAUUAGAAAGUAUUUAUUUAAUUAUAAAUAGUGCUGGUAUGUGGUUUUUUGGAAUAAAAGUAGGUGAUAAACGAGUAAUUUAUUUAUAAUCUUCUGCAAUAUCUUUAAGUAAAAUUGAAGAAGAAAUAAAUAAAUUUGCAGAAUAACCUUUUCCUAAUUUGCUUUUAUGA